UGAGGCCAUUCGGCCCCUCAUGCCCAUGCAGGUUCUCUGAAAGCUACCAACUAAUCCCACUUCCCCCGUUCUUGUAAAAUCUUACAGGUAAGUGCACCCAUUGAGGUGGGAUCCACUCCUCUAAUUUGGAGGGGUGGGGUGAGAUUCCUUUUUUUUUAAAGGUUUGGUUGAAAACCCAAGUCAAGUGUCUUAGGAUAGACUUAACUGUGGCUGAGAUCCUGGCAAGUUGACGUUCGUCACAAAUCCUAAGAGAGGGAAGCCACAAAUGCAACAAAUUCUAAAAUAGAAUGAGUGGGAUAGAAGACGAGGCAAUUGACAGGAGAGAGAUAGAGAGAAAGAGGAAUCGAGACGAGCCGCAAAAAGUCUGAGACCAUCAAUCAAGCUGGGAAUUGAAAGGCGAAAGACCAGAGGAAUAAAGUUAUCGCAAAGGAUGCGGUGUAGCAGUCUAGAAAGGAAGUGCUUCCAAAGGCAUUGACAGUCUGCCCUGUGAACCAAUACAGUCAACCCAAGCCCGGACAAGUCCUCAAAUCAACGGCCAACAGAGGCAGGACUUCUUUCAGAUGCAAGCCUCGAGAAAGCUGUUCUGCAUUUCCAUGAUCCUUUGCGUUUUGGUGACCGAAUGUUUUGGAUUAGGCGUGAUGGCCAAGGACAAGCGAGGGUGGACAUUAAACAGUGCAGGUUACCUGCUGGGUCCAUAUGCUUCGAAUGACUACAGGAACCUGAAUGCCAAGGGAGGGCUCGCUGGGAAAAGGGACAACCUUUACCAUAAUGGCAACCCGGACAGUGAAACACUCUAUAAUCCGAUCGCCGAAAAUGCCCUGCGGAGGCUGAUCCAGGCUCUCGACUACUCCCGCAAGAAAGGAGAUCGCAUUGUAUUGGAUAACGCUGACGUGCCUUUCUUGGCAAAUGAGAGACAAAAGGCCUAGCCCCCACCCCACCCCGUUCCUCCACCGCUCCAUCACAGCGAUCUCCGCUUUACGUAUUCUUGUACAGCGCCACGGAGCGAGCUGGGAACGUGUGGUGUUUUUCAUUUGCACCGAAGACGGAACGAAAAUAAUUUUGCUCGCGUGUAAAUGUCCAGCUCAAUAAAGAGAAACACGGCACACGGCACUGCCAAGAUUGUUGU